GAGGGCCGGUGGCGUUUUCCGCUGAUCCCUGCAUCCCUACGCCGCGCAUAAAUACGCGGGCGUGACGGCCCUGACGGGUAAGACGCUCGCGCUCCUCGCACAACAAACGGUGAAGCCAGCAUGGAAGCCGCCAUCUUGACGUUGGUCAGCCAGUUCAAGGCGUACGCGGGCGACGACGGGUCCGCCAGCACGCUGAGUCGGGACGAGUUCCACCGACUGGUCUCCUUGCAGCUGCCCAACUUCGUCAAGACCGCCUCCGAUCCUGGCGCUGUGGACCGCCUCAUGUCGUCUCUGGACCAGAACGCCGACGGCGAGCUGACCUUCGGCGAGUUCUGGCAGCUGAUUGGGAAUCUGGCGGGCAAGCAAGGCGGUUUCGCUUCUUAGUGCGACGUUUGCUCCUGCGUGCUUUUGUUCCCGAUGAACCGUUGGCCCGGAUUAAAGACCUUAUCG